CUAGGCUUUGGUUAUUUCGAUAGACUUCACCUUUUUAUCUCAAGUGAGGCUCAUCCAGUUUUAUUAUCCCUAAAGAAAUCACGUAAAGAGAGUUUUCUCCUAGUUUUUUUCUCAGCAAAAGAAGACCGCAAAACCAAAACCACCAAGUCCGCGUCGCGUGUUGCGUGUUGGGACUGUAGAACGCACUAUACCCCCCACCCUCAAGACGUUUGCUGGUUUGCUGCUGCUGCUGGCAUCAACAUCCCACCACAUGAACACACCCUCACAUGUUAUGGUUCGCAUUCAACUUUAACCUUAGCAACUUCUUUUCUGCCGAGAUUUGAGAAUUACUUCAACGUACAACGAAAAGAAGAAAUUACGUUGAUUUGAAGUGCUGUUCUCAAUAAUCGAACCUCUGCAGUGCUUGAGGGCGUGAUAAUGUUUCUUCAACUCAAGGGGAAACCAAACUUUGUUAAAUAAAAAUAAAAAUGUUCAGAAUUUACAACGGCGUUAAAUGGAUGAAAAUUAUAAUCUGCAGCGCAUUUUGCGCGACAAUAGCAUUAUGUGUGUACCACAAUUGGGUUCAUGCCAGAGAAGUGGAUAUGUUGGAGGAUAGUGCCCUGAAAGUGCACAGGAAAAGCAGGCAUUACAGAGAUGAACUGAGUUAUCAAGAAAGUAUAACGGAUGGAGGACCCGAAAAUUUGCCUGGUAAAAUGAAGACUGAUGAGAAUAUACUAGAUCUUGAGGAAGCUAAGAAAAAAAUCAGAGAAUUGGAAAUGCGAAUAAAACAAUUGGAAGGAAGCACAACACGGCGUUUCCCUGAUGUAAAAUUUCUUAAUUAUCGUACAAGAAAACGAAUAUUGAUAACAGGUGGUGCUGGAUUUGUGGGAUCACAUCUAGUGGAUCAAUUGAUGAUGGAGGGCCAUGAAGUAAUUGUGGUUGACAACUUUUUUACUGGGCGCAAAAGAAAUGUAGAACAUUGGAUCGGUCAUGAAAAUUUUGAACUUAUACACCAUGACAUCGUCAACCCUCUUUUUAUUGAGGUGGAUGAAAUUUAUCAUUUGGCAAGUCCUGCAUCACCUCAACAUUACAUGUUCAACCCAGUUAAAACAAUCAAGACAAACACUGUUGGCACCAUUAAUAUGCUAGGUCUUGCUAAGCGUGUUGGUGCUCGAGUGCUCAUUGCAAGUACUUCAGAAGUCUAUGGUGACCCAGAAGUGCAUCCUCAGCCGGAAACAUAUUGGGGGCAUGUAAAUCCUAUAGGUCCUAGAGCAUGUUAUGAUGAAGGCAAGCGAGUUUCUGAAUCUUUAAGCUAUGCUUACGCUAAGCAAGAAAAAGUUCAAGUAAGAGUAGCUAGAAUAUUUAACACGUAUGGACCAAGGAUGCACAUGAAUGAUGGCAGAGUCGUCUCCAAUUUCAUCUUGCAGGCUCUCCGAAAUGAACCCAUAACUAUUUAUGGACAUGGAGAGCAAACAAGAAGUUUUCAGUAUGUCAGUGACCUUGUAGAAGGCUUAGUAUCUCUGAUGGCAUCAAAUUAUUCAAUGCCUGUCAAUCUUGGAAACCCUGUGGAAUAUGCUAUUAAAGAUUUUGCUAUUAAAAUACGAGAUUUAGUCGGUGGAAAUAGCCAUCUAAUUUAUUCAGAUGCGGUGGAAGACGAUCCUCAAAGAAGAAGACCGAAUAUAACAGUUGCUAGGAAGCAACUGAAUUGGCAGCCAAAAGUUAGCCUUCAACAAGGUUUGAAGAGGACCAUUGACUUCUUUCACAAAGAGCUUCUGCGCUCAAGUCACUCCAAUCGCAAUAUGUUUCAGCCGCCAGAAAUGAGCCUUGAUAAUGCUUUUCCCAGUGAAAAGGUCUCAAAGACUGUAGCCAACUGAAUUGAAGUUUUCCUGUUGCAGCUGUGAUGUAGGAAUGUUCCGCUCUAGACUUAAGCAGAAACAUAUCGAGAACAUACUUGUCUCAGUAUUUUCAGUAUUGCAUUGACUUUCUUAGUAGCAGUAAUAAGGUUUUUAGGUGCUGUCUUUUGGUUGUAUUUUUUUGUCUGUCGAAAAUAUUGUUUCUUUUGCUAGUCAUUGGGAUUUACAUAAAUGUUACUAUAUCUAACUUUCUCUGGGUUGUUAAGGUCUUGAGUCUGCAUUGUUAUUAGUUUGAAAUUUUAUGGGUUCCUCAUUUGUAGACAGACUUUCUCUCUAAAGUUAUGAUUCUGAAAGACUUUAUAUUGCUAAGAAAUUGUUAAAAACAUGCAGGUUUUGAUAAUUCUACCUAGGUAUCUCAUUGCUGCCUGACAGACUUCAUGUAAGAAACAAAUUAACUACAGUAUUACCUGGUUCACCUCUUGAAUCACGUGGAGGGUGUCCCAUAUACCUCGAGUCCUUUUAAAAAGUUACUGUAUGGUGGUCGGUUGGGCGGUCUGGUCUUACCUACCGUUGCUCCCCGUGGUGCCUUAUGGCCCCGAGCAAGUAGGCAACCUGCCCUCACGCAUGGAUUAGGAACAGAAUAGCCUUUUUCAAAAAAAUGAAAAAUAAAUAUAAGAGUAUGAGGCGUACAGGAUACCCUGUAAUGUGGUUUACAUUAUGACGAAGUAAUUACCGGAUCAAAGAUGAGGUUUAGUUUACUCUUUGUAAUCUAGCAGAAAUUUAGCAUGUUCCUAAAGUUUAUCAACAUCUUUUGAAAAAUGUAUGUAUACUGCUCUUCUUGUUUCAAUGUUGCUGUUUUCUGUUUUUUGUUUUAUUUCUCUUUGCAUGUAUGUGAUAGAUAGAUAGGUGUAAAUUGCAAAUUAAGUGCUAAUCAAUUUUUAAAAUGAUAUUAAUUAACAAUUGAAAACAUUUUAGAUAUAAUCCAUUGUCUUUAAUUUAAGUCCCAAAUAACUUGUUUGGGAAAACAAGUUCUGUUCACCUAGAUUACAUUUAACUCUCUUAUUUUGUUUUUUCAAUGUCAAAAACACUGUUUGCAGUGCCAUAGUAGCAUGCAUCAAUGGCUAUGCAUUUGGUGUCCAUACCGUGGAUGAAGAUGAAAAUUGUGAUGAUAUUUUAUAUUCUAUUUUUAUGUGACUUGUGAUAAUUGUCCUAUAAAAUAGAUCAUUUAUUAGUGACUGUUAUUUUUAGGUAAUUUUGUUGACAUACGCACAUGAGUGCUGUGUGUGAUUUUGGGUUACUACUAUGUGUUUUCUUGUUACAGAUUACUGUGUUAUAUUUCAUUGACUUCUUUGUUUAUAAAAAAGAACUUCCUCUGUCAUUGGCCUAUAUUUCUUUUUGUUUCUAGGGUCAUUUUGUGGUUGAAUUCCUUUUUAUCUAAUUUUGUUAAUAAAUGUCUCUUUAAAAAAAAUGAA